ACAAUAACACCCAACCUCCACGACUCUUUCCUCCUCCCAUUGAUGUUUCUGUAGACUUUUGAUGUCUUCGUCCACCCAUUCUCCUUCCUCUUUACGAAUGGAUUCAUAAAACUCUCUCAAUUUCUAUCUCUGGUUUCUCUGCACAACAUAGAUAAAGUCGUAAAGACCCAAGGGAAAAUGGCAAUUGUGUUUGCAUUUCUCUGGUUUUCUUUCUUCACUCUGUUGUCUUGUUCCGUCUCAAUUGCCAAAAUUGGUCCUGCCUUUCCUUCUUCACUCAUUCGGCCGGAGCAGCUCUCUCAGCUUGCAACCAAAAACCAGCUUUACGAAAUAAAGUACUUCACGCAAAUACUUGACCACUUCAAUUUCAAUCCCCAAAGCUAUCAUACCUUUCAACAAAGGUAUCUGAUCAACGACUCCUACUGGGGUGGUGCUCAUAAGAAUGCUCCAAUUUUCGUCUACACGGGAAAUGAAGGAGAUAUAGAAUGGUUCGCUCAAAACACAGGUUUCAUGUUCGAAACGGCACCCGAUUUCAAAGCCCUUCUUGUUUUCAUAGAGCAUAGGUUCUAUGGGAAAUCCAUGCCAUUUGGGGGCAACAAAGAUAUUGCUUAUACAAAUGCAAGUACACUUGGAUAUCUGAGCUCGACGCAGGCUCUGGCAGAUUAUGCCACUUUGAUCACUGAUCUAAAGAGAAAUUUGACAGCAACUGAGUCUCCUGUGAUCGUGUUCGGAGGUUCCUACGGAGGAAUGCUGGCAGCCUGGUUUAGACUGAAGUACCCGCACAUCACCAUUGGAGCCUUGGCCUCUUCUUCGCCCAUUCUCCAUUUUCUGAACGUUACAUCCCAAUACAGCUUUAACAACAUCAUCAGUCAUGACUUCAGGAGCGAGAGUGAGAGCUGUUACAAAGUGAUCAAAGGUUCAUGGCAACAAAUUGAAGAUAGGGCAAAUCAACAAGGGGGUCUCGACGUUCUCCGUAAAUCAUUUAGAAUAUGCAAAAAGGUUGAUAUUAUAUAUUUAGAGAGUUGGCUUCGCACCGCAUUAGCUUACACGGCCAUGACCGAUUAUCCAACUCCUUCGAAUUUCUUGAACCCCUUGCCAGCCUAUCCAGUGAAACAGAUGUGUAAGGCGAUUGAUGAUCCAUCGACUGGAAAUGACACGUUCGCAAAGUUGUAUGGUGCAGCUAACAUCUACUAUAACUCCAGUGGAUCUGCCACGUGCUUCGAUCUUGACGAUGAUUCUGAUCCCCAUGGCCUCAGUGGAUGGGCCUGGCAGGCGUGUACAGAGAUGAUAAUGCCAACAGGUGGAAACACUGAGGAGAGCAUAUUCCCAGCUUCAGAGUGGGAUUACGAAAUUCGAGCUUCUUACUGCAAAAAUAUGUUCGAGAUCGAGCCUAGACCCAAUUGGAUUACUACCGAGUUUGGUGGCAAGGAUAUCUACAGGGCUUUGAAAAGGUUUGGGAGCAACAUUAUCUUCUUCAAUGGCUUAAGGGAUCCUUGGAGCGGUGGAGGGGUGUUGAAGAAUAUAUCCACUAGUUCAGACCUAACAUCUGAUCAUGUAGGAUUUAGCACUCACGCGUGCGUACUCAUGACAUGAUUUUUCAUUGUUGGCUUUGAAAAAAACAAAUGGCAACAGGGGCUCAUCAUGUGGACCUGAGGUUCUCAAGUAAAGAAGAUCCAGAAUGGCUCAAAGAUGUGAGGAAACAAGAAGUGAAUAUCAUUAAAACAUGGAUCUCUCAAUAUUACAGUGACUCGGAAUAUUUCCCUUCCUAGAGGUCAAGACUCCAGACCAAUGCGUUUUCUCAGAGAUCGAAGGUCCAUGCGAGGCAAAUUUAAAUAAUUCAAAGUUGACUGGACAGUAUGGUCCAUUUUACUAUUUUUUUUUUUUUUUCUUUUAAAAAGCAAUUUGGAAUGGAUGCAGGGUUAGAAGGUUGCAGAA